AUAAAUCUUGCUUUUAUAGUUUGACAUUGCACUGAACUUUAGAUUAGAUAAGGCGAAGAUAACAAAAUGGCAUCAUACAAGUAUAAAUUGUACUAUUUCAACGCUCGGGGCAGAGCCGAGCCCGCCAGAUGGAUGUUUGCUCAAGCUGGGGUUGAAUAUGAAGACGUCCGGCUAGCAGGGGAGAAAUGGAUAGCUAAGAAACCAGAUAUGCCUUUCGGGCAAAUGCCCGCCUUAGAGGUAACCGACAGCAGUGGGAAAAGUCAUUUGAUACCUCAAAGUCGGGCAAUCGAAAGAUUUUUAGCAAAACAAUUUGGACUUGCUGGCAAGAAUGAAUUUGACAUUGCAAGAGCUGAUUUUUUGAAUGAGUAUUUCAAUGACAUCUUCCAGAAAAUUGUUUUCAAUAAAAAGGAUCCCGAUUACGAGAAAAAGUGUAAAGAAUUCGACGAAUUCCUGCCACAAGCUUUAGAAAAAUUGGAACCAUUCGUUCGCGAUGGAGGUUAUUUCCUUGGAAAGGAGUUGUCUUGGGCGGACAUUGUUUUCUCUGUUCUGACUGACAUUCUGAUACAAGUUAAGGAUUCCAAUGUUCUGGACAAGACGCCAAAAUUGAAGAAACUUCGACAGAGCGUCUGUAACCAACCAAAGAUAGCAGAUUGGAUUACCAAUAGGCCCAAAACAGAUUUUUGAACCAAUUCAUUAACUUUAUAUUUUUAAUUUCAUCGAUCAGGGCCACAAACAAUUUUUAAAAACAUCGGGGUAUUUUAGGAUUGACUUGCUUCUUAAAACACCUGCUUUACGGGUUCAUCAGCAUGUGUAUUACUUUGUCUGUAUUUUUAAAUUAUUUUCUUUAUAUGAACCGGUAUUAUAUUACCUGUGACCCGGAUGUACCAUUCAAGCAUUCCGGCCCUUAUUUUUUAUUUUUAUCUUGUGUAGCACUGAAUGGAUAUUAAAACUAUUGAUUUUGAUAGCUGAACGAACAUUUACAACAAUUACAGCAAUAAAUUGUUUUGUGUAAUCAGA